UGAUGUGUGUCUGAUGCAUUUCGGUGGCGCUCUGGAUGUCUCUUGACUGUCUUUGGAAGCCGGUGGAUUAAACUGUGAUUACCAACCACGAACAUUUGUACCAGGGGCUUGCAUUUAUUUGUUAAACGGGAACACAUUGUAUCGGUGAUCAAAAUGAGUAUCGAUACUCUAUUGGAAGCGGCCAGAUAUUUAGAGUGGCAAGCCCAGCAACAACAGAUUACACGUGAGGAGGAGGAGCGUCGAGAGAAGGCUCUGCUGUCCCGUGAGGCCGAGCAAAAGCUCUUUGCCCCCGUUAUCCAGCCUGUCCAAGUCAACCAUGUGACCUGGAUAGAUGACAUGCGGCUCGAGCCGCAGCGCCACCACCAGCAGCACCCACCGGUCCCGCCCCCUCCCCUCCCACCACCUGUUCCGAUUGCUGUCAUUCCCAUUCCGGUGCUCCCUGCCAACCCUGUGGCCCCUCCCAUUCAGACUACCUCCCCACUUCACAUGGCUCCACCCAUGCCAGUUGUCACACCUUUGGCCACAGCCCCAUCUCCGCAUGCUGCCCCUCUUAUCAGCCCCACCAGUAAGGAUGCCCACUCCCCUCCACAGCAGCAGCAUCAUAAUUUAGUCCCGCAAGUGAAGACAGAAGCCAGCAGCAUGCCUCAGUUAAAUAACAGUCCCAAACAGCAACAACAGACACAGGCUUUGCUGCAGCCUUAUCCAGCCCCGAUCAUCGCUGCUCAACAUCCACCACAGCAACACGCCCUCUUGCCCCAGCCAACACUACCCCAGCCUCAGCUCACACCAACCCAGAGCCAGUCGAGCCAAUCACCCAGGCCUAACGGUGCAGCUGUGGAAGAUGUGCGCAACCUGGAUGGGAAAAGGAGACCAGGAGGAGCUGGAACUCGAGAAGUUCACAACAAACUAGAAAAGAACAGACGAGCACAUCUAAAAGAAUGUUUUGAGACCCUCAAGAAGAACGUUCCUAAUGUGGAUGAGAAGAAAACAUCCAAUCUGAGUGUCUUGAGAAGUGCUCUCCGCUACAUCCAGACUUUGAAGCGAAAAGAAAAGGAGUAUGAGCACGAAAUGGAGCGUUUGGCACGGGAGAAGAUCGCCACACAGCAGAGACUUGCGGAGCUGAAGAACGAGUUGAGCCAGUGUAUGGACAUCAUUGAGAUUGACAGGAUAAUACGUCAGACUGUCCAACCCGAAGAUGACCAGGCCUCCACAUCAACAGCAUCAGAGGGCGAAGACAACUUCGACCAAGAUGGAGAAGACGACAUCCUUUCCUCUCCAUCCUCUGCACCCAAACCACCAGCACCGUUGGAGCCCCAUGCUGCCAUGCUGCCACCACCUAUCCUCCCUGCACACAUUUCUAUACAACACAAAUCCAACACCCCACCUACCGCUCCACCCACUCCAACCCAACCCGCUGUGGUCACUCCUCAAGCAAUCGCCCCCGCGCCUCCAUCCCAUUUGGUCUCCGCUCCUCAGCCGACAGUCAUCACCCAUGCCUCUGUAUCCCAUGCGUCAGUCAUCCAAGCGGUCAACCACGUCAUCCCCGCUGGCCAUAAACAUCUGGCGCACAUUGCGCCCUCUAGUGGCGGCCAACCAAUCGGACAUAUCACUGUGCAUCCAGUGGCCCACCUUUACCCACAAUCGGUGGCUGUCUCGCAGCCAGCGGUUGUGGGACGCAUCACGCAUAAGCUGGCGCACCACCACCAUGCCCACGGCCAUAUUAAUGGCACUCCGGUCACAGGCCAGCAGGCUGCCAUGGUGGGAAAGCCAACGGCAGUGGUCGCCCACCAUCACACUGGGCUGGUGGGCCAGACGGUGCUAAAUCCAGUGACUAUGGUAACUGUACCGCCAUUUCCCGUGAGCACGCUAAAGUUGGCCUGAGAGGGUACAGAGAAAGACUUCAACGUCCAAUGAACAUCCUGUGUGCCCCACGAAGUGAGCAGCAGAGAAUACAAGAUGUGAGGUGACCUCAUUGUUGUCCGAACUAGUUGAGCUAGAUGACAAAGGAUGACUGGAUCCCAAUCAGAAUUUCACUACUGUCCCUAAUACAAGGUGGGAUUUCGUCAGGAUCGGAGUGUCCUGUAGCCAGUCGUUCGGGACACAUUCAUGCCGACGGUGCUUGCGUCUUUUGCCAUGCAGCAUUAGAAAGACUUGCAUUUAAUGCACUUGCUUUACUAAAUGAUAAGACGGUGGUUGUCAGUCCUAUUGUAACGUGAGAGUGGAGUGCAAAAAACAAAUCAAUUCUCUUUCUUCUUUGUCCCACUUUGUCUAUCUAUCCUUUUUUCUGUUGUGUUUAAUGUCAGAUAUUCAAACAGUCUGCAAAAAUGCUUUUCUUCUGUUUUACAUUCAUUGAUCAAAAAGAUCUUGAAAAUGUUCAUCAAAAACUUAGAGUGCUCGAAAGCAAUGCAUAAGUCCAACAAAGCAAGGAGUGCGAAGAAACAAAUUUGUUCAUUUUGGGGCUUUUAAAAUGCUCUUUAAAGGAAUAUUCCUAGUUUAGUGCGAGUUAAAAAGGUUGAUUACCACAAAAAAUUAUUUUGACUUGUCCCUUAUUUAUUUAAAAAAAAAAGAAGCAAAAACGAUGGAAGUGAAUGGGGCCAGUGCAUAAAUGCUACAAUACACACCGUUUCAAAGGUAUAGCCACAUGACGUAAACAUUAUACGUGUUACCGUGAUUUUAGUGUGAUGAAAUGGCUUACUAACCUUUUCUAUGUGAAGUUAUAUCCAAUUUUACAACUUCAUCAUCAUGACAAUGUAACCCUGUAAGCAAUUUUAUCACUCUACAAACAUUUAGAUCCAAUUUUAUCACACUAAAAUCAUGUAAACCGAUAUAAUGUUUAUGUCUUGUGGCUAUACCUUUAAAACGGUGUGUAUUUUAAUGUUAAUGCAUUGGCACUAUUCACUUCCAUUGUGCCUUAAUGUAACUGCAAUUUUUGCCUUUUUUAAAUACACAAGUCAAAGUGUUGUCUGUGCUAAUCAAUAUAAUGCUACAAAUGCUAUUAUUGAGCUUAACUUGUAUUGAACCUAGAAUUCUAAAUGUGCCUAAGCUCUGAAUCAAGCUCAGUUGCGCCACCUGCAGCCUUUGCAAUGCAACGACAUUGCUGAAUUUAUACACAUGCCAUCUGUUGGCACCCACGAAACAGAGUCUUAAAGUGUCCAGUUGGAUGGCGAAACGCAACAAACUAUAACAUAAUUUAAUGCGAUGUUCACCCAAAAUGAAAACUGUCAUCAUUUGCUCACCCUAAUGUUGUUCCAAAACCAAAUGACUUUCUUCUGUGGAGCACAAAAGGAGAUGUUAAGCAGUAUGUUAGGGACUGACAGCCUCUGUCACCAUUCACUUUCACUUGUGUGGGGGUAAAAAAGCCCAUGAAAGUGGAUGGUGACUGAGGCUAACAUUCUUUCUAAAAUGUUAGAAAAUUAUGAGGAUGAGUAAAUGAUGACAGAAUGUUCUGGAAUCUUUAAUGAUCAAGAGAGAUCUGUAUGCAGCGAACUAACGUGUAUUUGAAAGUACAUUCAAGCAUUUACAACCAGCAAGUACUCAGAAUAUUUAUCAUUUAAUAAUGCUUAGAUUAAGCAUACUUUAUGGAAACCAUUAAAAUGUUAUACUAUGGAUAUGUUGGGCAUUUUUUUCUCUCUUCAAAUCAACAACAUUAUCAACAUUCUCAUGUGCUUUACAGUUGUAGCAACAUGAUAAAUAAAACUUCAAAUGAAGUCUUAGGCCACGUCAGCACAAUGACAUUUUUGUUUGGGGACUCAAAAUGAAUCAGAUUCACGUUUCUAAUGUCGUCGGUUUCCAAAGUAUGCAGUAAUGGAAAGUAAUGGAUAAAAGGCGUAAACCUAGUGAAAUCAAAACAAGAACAUACUAUUGUGGACGUGAAAAAGAAUACACAAACACAAUUUCCGUGCACACAUUCAUAGAUGCCAUUUAAUGUGGCCACAAUAGUCCAGUGUACAUUGGUGCUGUUAUAUGCAUCUAUACUGUGUUCAUCAUGUAGUACCUACAUGCUGUGCAGCCAUUUUCAUUUGUUGCUUUUAUUUUUUGCGUAAUUGUGAAAACUGUUGUGGUAGGCAGAUUGUGUAUAAGCAUUUGGUUUUAUGGGGUUAAAAACAUGCUGUUUCCUAUUGCAAACAAGACUAUUGUUAUCAGGAUAAAAGCCCCUUCACCAAUAGCAGUGUAAUGCCUCUCUCAGAGUUGUCAUACUUAAUGUUGCUUUUUGAACGCACUCACAUGGUUUAACCUGAAAAAAGUUAGCCCUGUUACCCUGUCUAAACCCAACUUUUUACUGAUGAUGGUUAAUUACACCAUGUUAAAGGCAUAAUUCACCCAAAAGGACAAUUCUGUCAUUUACUCACCCUCAUAAUGUUCAAAAACCCUUAUGACUUCCUUCCAUGGAACACAAAAGGAGAUAUCAGACAGAAUGUUAGCCUCUGUCACUAUUAACUUUCAUGGCACCUUUUCUUCCCAUACAAUGAAAGUGAAUUGGAACAACAUGAUGGUGAGUAAAUGAUGACAUUUUCAUUUUUAAGUGAAUUAUCCUUUUAGUAUCUAUAUUGUUGUUUUAUACUGUCAGUUUCAAAUGGAACACUGUGACUUCUGCUCUCAACAUCCUCUUCCUGCUGCAAAACCCCUAAAUCCGAGGUUUGGAUUUUCUGUUGAAUGUGUUCACUUAUUUUAGUGUCUUUUGGAAAUGUGAAGAUGGAAUGAUACAUGCUGUGCUUCACACUUGGUUAAAAAAACAAACCAACAAAAAAAACAAAAUGGCCUAACCAUCGUGAAAUGUAUUAGUGUGUUAUCAUUUUUUUAUAUUUUAUAUAUGUAUGUGUGUAUAUGUAUAUAUAUAUAUAUAUAUAUAUAUAUAUAUAUAUACACACAUACAUAUAUAUGUGUGUAUGGAUGUAUGUGUAUAUGUGAGGUAUAUGCACGCAUUCACAAAGUAUAUGUGUAUGUAUUAGUUAUACUAAUGCCUGCUUUUGCAUGUAGAUUACAGUUUUUUGUUUGUUUAUCCCUCCCCUUUUCAUUUCUGGGACCAUGUAUCAUACUGUAUGAUGUGGACAGGACCGUUAGACCUCAUUCUACGUUGAUAUUAUAUAUAAAUAAAUGAAAAACUGCAUUUUCCCUAUGGAGAAAGUUUAAGUUAUAUCGCCUGUACAUUUUGGGCUGCAUUAAGAUCGAAUUGUCCACCAUGUUUAACUGAAAUAAUAGUAAUAAAAGUUAUAAAAUAUGCUAGAUACAAAACAUAAUGACGAUUCAUAAUAAAUCUUAUGACAUUUACAAGUCAGUUGUACUGGUCUUUUUUCAUCUGUAACACAAUAGCAUUUAUAUUUACAACCUUUUUUUAUGUAUAAAAGUUAUUUCACUUUGUCACCUAAACAAUGUUCUAUACAUUUAGCAUACCAAAUAUUCCUCUUUAAUUAUUAUUAUAAUAUAGGCUAAUAAUUUGGGAACACAUUUCCUAAAGGAAUAGUUCACCCAAAAAUGAAAAUUCUCUCAUCAUUUACUCACCCUCAUUCCAGCCUAGAUGUGUAUGACUCUCUUCUGCUGAACACAAACAAAGAUUUUUAGUAGAAUAUCUGUAGGUCCAUACAAUGAAAGUAAAUGGAUACCAAAAUUUUGAAGCUCCAAAAAGCACAUAAAGUCAGCACAAAUGUAAUCCAUAAGACUCCAGUGGUUUAAUCUAUAUCUUCAGAAGUGUUAUGAUGGGUAUGUGGGUCAGAAACAAAUCAAUAUUUAUAUUUGUGGCCAAAAAUAUGCACACCCUUGGUAAAUACGAGCAAAGAAGACUGAAAAAUAUGUCCUUUU